AUGAAGAUUGAUUUCAUAAGAAAUAUUUGGAUACAACUUUUCGAAAAACUGGGAGAAAAAGUUGCCAGAUAUCCUUUAUAUUUUGUGUUACUUCCUAUAUUAAUUACGGCUUCUGUUUCUUUUGGUAUUUCAAAAUUGUUGUUAAACGAAAAUCUUCAAGAGUUAGUUGUAGCAGAUAGAGGAAGCGUGUAUAACACCAAAUUAUUUGUUGAGAAGAUGUUUCCAUUCAACACUUCUGUACAUUUCGAUACGGCGAGGAAUCCCAAUCCACCUAAAGCUUUCGUAAUGUACAUCGUUAAAAAAGAUUUUGGUAACGUGUUGAAUGAUGAGGUAAUGAGAGAAAUAAAAAAAUUAAAUGAUAUUGUGAAAAAUACUUACGUAACAGCGAAAGAACACACAAUUAAGUACUCCGAUAUUUGUGGAAUAGUUCAAGAAAAAUGCUUCGAAAAUCCAAUUUCAAAAUUGAUUAUGAACAAUGUAACCGCCAAAAAAUGGAAGAUUAAAUAUCCUGUAGAUAUUGAUUUGAUGACUUUGUCUUAUAAUAUAUAUGGAACUAAUUUAGGAGGUGUUCACACCGAUAAAGAUGGGUUCGUUAAAGCAGCACACGCAAUAAGAUUGCUUUAUCCAUUAGAUAUUAGUAUGAAAUGGAAACAAUAUUGGAUGAUGCUUUGGCAACGACAAAUGCCAAAGGAGUUAGAUAAAUUUCAUUUCGAACAUAUUAGAAUAUUUCAGGAUCCAUUUAAAUCAGUUGAAGAUGAUGCCAAAGUACUAUUUAAAACUUUGAAACCAAUGAUAGGUGCGGUUGUCGGUUUCAUUUCCAUCUUCUCAAUAAUAAGUUCUAUGAGUUUAAAUUUAGUAAGAAGCAAACCUUGGCUUGGUGUGGCAAGUGUGGUUUCGGCCGGAUUGGCAAUAGCAACAGCGUUUGGUUUAAUGGGGCUAUUCAACAUACAAUGUACUUAUUGGAAUAUCUCUGUUCCGUUUUUUGUUAUAGUGACAGAGAUAGACGACGCUUUCGUGUUGAUUGCGUGUUGGAGAAUGACAGAUCCCUCGACAAAUGUGGAAAGACGAAUGAAGGACACUUAUCGAAAAGCAGGAAUUUCCGUUACAUUGACUUCGCUUACGAAUUUUCUUGCAUAUUGUAUUGGAAUGACGACCCAGUUUCCUCUCGUGAGAAUGUUCUCUUACUAUUCUGCUGCUUCUAUAUUUUUCACGUAUGCUUACCAGAUAACCUUUUUCGGUGGUUGUAUGGCAUUAAGUGGAUAUAGAGAAGUGAAAGGACUCAAUCCAAUUACAUUUCGGCAUCCAGAUUCUAAAACAUUCGCUUCUCAACUAAAACAUCAACAAGACGAAGAAUUCUUCAUGAAGAUAUUCAGAAAGCAUUUAGGAAAACUUUUCUCUUAUUCACUUGUAAAAAUUGUCAUUGUAGUUGUCUACUUUAUUAAUUUGGGUGUAAGCGUAUGGGGAACACUAUCGAUUAGACAAGGACUCGAUUGGCAUAAACUUUAUCCAAAUGGUUCUACCAUUUCAGAAAGCACCCGAAUCAUGUAUAAAUAUUUCGGUGAAUAUGCUUUUCCUAUUCAUAUAAUUAUUAACCAAACAGUCGAUUAUUCUGAUAAGAAUGUACAACAGAAAAUUGACACCAUGAUGAGGAAUUUCGAAUCUCAUCCCCAAAUCGGCAAUUCACGUACAACUGUUUCUUGGUUGAAAUAUUACAAAGAAUUUCAGGAACAUCCCGUUUCGAAAUAUUCCUUAGGGGGAUACAACUUGUCUAAUAAAGAGGAUUUUUUAGAAGGGCUUCGAGAUAUUUUUCUGAGAUUAAAAGGUGCCGAUGAAUUUUCAAAUGAUAUAGUUUUUAAUGAAGACCAAUCUGAUAUACUGUUAAGUCGAUUUUUGGUUCUCGCUAAAAAUGUGAUGGAUAGAGAAUCGGAGAUGAAUUUAGUAAGUGGUGUGAUGAAUAUUGCGGACAAGGCACCGUUCGAAGUUCUGAUUCACACUCCGGUCUCAGAUUUAAUUGAACAGGGAAUUAUUAUUAAAGCUAUCGUUAUUCAGUUAUUUUGGGUAACAAUGUUGUUAAUUCUUAUAAUAUUUUGUUUAUUCGUUCCAAAUAUAUUUUGCGCCGUAUUGGUAGCAAUAUCUGUCGUUUCCACAAUAAUCGAGACUCUAGGAUUUAUGAGUUUAUGGGAAGUGAAUCUGGAUAUAUUUUCUAUGAUGAGCUUGAUUUUGUGCGUUGGGUUUUGUGUGAAUUUUCCUGCGCAUAUAACGCAUGCUUUUGUAAUGUCGUCAUCCGAGGAUCCGAAUGAAAAGCUGAAAGAUGCCUUAUAUGAAAUAGGUUAUCCAAUUCUUCAAGGAUCGUUGUCAAUAUUUUUAAUUACUGUCCUAACCGCUUUCCAUGCCCUGCUAUUCAUUCCUACUGUGCUUUCGUUGAUGACAUUUAGUGGCCAUUACAAAAGAUCACGUUUUCGAAAUAUUCUAAUUGUUGAAGGGGGAGAAACAGCAUUGUAA